UGCAAAUAGAAACGAUUUAUUAUUAAUAAUAAGACGCUUGAAGUCUUUCAAAGACAGUAACUUUGAUUGUAACUUUGCUUGGUAUAUUACGUAUCAUGGAAAAUCUUCAAAAUCGAGAAUUUUUUGUUAAAGAUCAUAUAGAUCCUGAUCAUGAGUUACUCGUUUGGGAAAAAUGGAUAAGAAUUCGUAAAGAAGAGACAAAACGAUUAGGAGAAAGAACUAACAGACCACCAGUAGAUUUGACAAUGAAUUUGUUAGAAAAAGUACGUGAAGAUAAAGAACGUAAAGUGGUAUUAGAACAUGCACAGGUUGAGAAAAAACCAACAGUAAGGAAUAAUUUAUGGGAACAACCAGUUAGACUAAAGCAAAAAUGUUACUGCAAUCCAGUCUAUGAAGUGCAUAGAACACAAGUUGAACUUGGUCAUCCGUCUGUUAUUGAACAUGUAGGAGUUCCUGAUUAUAUUCAAUUCAAUGAAAAAGGUUUAACUGGAGUUUCCAAACGAAAGACUUGUAAUCAACUCGAUGAAGAUUAUGUCAACUAUAGAAUGAAGAGAGAAAAAGAAUUGGUUCAUAAAAUAGAGAAAAUAGACCCUUUCAGACCUGAUGUAAGUAAACUUAUAAUAAAAGGCAGUAAACCUGUACCGCCGCCAAAGAAAAUACUACCAAUACCUUCAAUUAGUGUAGUUCCGUCUUUAGUGUCUGAAAAUAUAACAUGCAGUAUAUAUGCUGUUAGAAUUAAUAAUACUGUAAUUUUUAAAUAUAUUCCUGGCCAAAAUGUUGAAAUUAUACAGAAAAUGCAAAGAGAAAGUUGGCAUGAACCGUGCACCUCAUGGACAUAUUAUUUCAAUGUUCCUUUAAAAAGAGCGGGAAGAAGUAAAUUAUUUUUGGAAAAUCUUGGGACUGUUGCAUUGAGAUAUAGUUGGAAGAAAAUUAAACGAUCUAUUCCUUUUAUUCCUGAAGAUUUUCAUACACCAGUCUUCUUUUUUAAUAAAAAUGAAGAUGUUUUAUCGCCCGGACAAAGUAAACAACUAUCUUUUACAUUUGUAUCAGACAAAGUUGGUAUAUACAGUGAAAUUUGGGAACUAAGCUUUUGUAAUAUUUGCUUUUUUGAUACUUUAGCAGAUAAGUUAAUUAUAAACUUACAUGGGGACUCCGUUGAAAAUAUAGUAAAUAUUAAAAGAAAAAUAGAGACACUUAAAAAUAGAAUAAAUAGAAAAGCUAUAAAUAAUAUAGUUAUGGACUUGUUAGAAGAUAUAGUACAUAAAGCCACAAUAACUGAACCCCAGAUAUACCCGUAUAAAAAAAAUAUUUUGGAAUCAGAGAUAUUUAAUAUGAAAAACCCUACAUGCUUCUAUCAUCAGACUGAAGUCAAUAAAAUGAAAGAUAUGUAUACAGAAAUGGUACCGGGUGAGUUAUGGGACUUAUCCAUUAGUAAUUGGAGGCAGAAGAUGAUGGAAAAAGCAUAUGAUGAAAGAAUCAAGUAUUACGAGUUGCUUAGAAAAUCACAUAUGGAGUUAUUGAAGCCCUGGAAUGAAGGCGAGGAUCUUAUAACUCAUAAAUAUCGAGCUACGAAAUUGUUAUUAGGAAAGAUGGUUGAUAGUUUUGAUUUAAGCUACAAGCGUGUUUUAGAUAUGAUAAAUUAUAAAAAAGAAAUCCCAGAACAGUCAGAGCCCAGUGAAAGUUAUCACAGAAUUGAAUCUUUAACUGUAGAUCCUCACACCAUAAAUAUAAUCAGAAACGUAUUCUAUAUAUACGCAUAUGAGCAUGUUUCAACAGCUAUUGAGACUGUUGUAGGAAUUCUAAGUAGUUUAGAUUUGAACAAAUGGAUAGAAUUUGAUUUUUGUCGUUGAUAAUUAAAUUUAUGUCUACAUUUUAUUUUUUUUUAUCAAUUUAUAAUAUAAUGAAGUAUACUACUUGCAUAUGUUUUAUUACAUUUUAUACAUUAUUUAUGCUUCAUUAUUUAUACAUAUAUAUUUCACUUUGAAAUUACUGUAAGCCCAUGACUGUAUAUUUUUAUGUGCAAUAAAUCUUUUAUUUAUUUAUUUAUAUGUGGAGGUAGUAUAAUAUUAUUAUUUU